AUGCCUCCGCACGAAGGUCUAGUACACCUCAAGGAGUACGACAUCAAAGACAGCAAUGUCGAGCUGAUUGGAACCGACAUUGACCACCAGGUCAAGUACAAGUCGGCAGCGGAGGAACCCGCCUGGCAAGCUGUCGGAAAGGGGCCGGGCCUGUUGAUAUGGCGCAUCGAAAACUUCCAGGUCGUCCCAUGGCCUGAACAGAAAUAUGGCCAAUUUUUCGACGGCGACAGCUUCAUCGUCCUCUACUCUUUCAAGGUUGGCAAGGAUGGCUCCGAGAAGCUUGGCCACGAAAUUUACUUCUGGCUCGGCAGCCAUGCAUCACAGGACGAGGCUGGCACUGCCGCCUACAAGACCGUUGAGCUAGACGAGUUCCUUCAUGGCGCCGCAUCUCAGCACCGCGAGGUGCAAACUGCUCCGUCGGAUGAAUUUCUAGCCUUGUUCCCCAAAAUUUCCAUUCGCUCUGGCGGUGUCCGUUCCGGCUUUAGACAUGUUGAGGAGACACCCCAAGAAGAAGUCAACACACUGCUCCGUGUUUUCACCAAUCCCGGGUCCAAGACGUCUAACGGAGUCGUUGUUCAUGAAGUUGAGCCCACUUACCGCAGCCUCGACGACAGCGACGUCUUCAUCUUCGACAAGGGCGACAAGAUCUGGGUUUGGCAGGGCAAGAGCUGUAGCCCCAUGGAAAAGGCGAAGGCUGCCCAGGUCGUGCACGACAUGACCCUAGCAAAGCACGUCGAGGUCGAGGUUGUCGCCCAGACCGAGUCGCGUUCACGUCGUGUGAUUACUCUACUUGGCGGCGAUACGUCCACGCAGUCGGAUGGCUUCAAGAAGGGUCGCCCAAUUGCCUCUGGCAACAAGGCUUCCGUUGCUUCCGGUCGCUCGAAAAAGCUGUUCAAACUUAGUGAUGGCUCUGGGCAGCUUUCAUUCAGUCUGGUCAAGGACGGCAAUGUCACCGCCAAUGAUCUGGAUGGCAAUGACGUCUUCCUCCUGGAUAGCGGAAAGUCCAUAUGGGUAUGGGAGGGCCAAGGUGCCAGUCGCGCUGAGAAAGCUCAAUGGUUGCGAGUUGCCCAGGCGUAUAUCCGUCAACUGAGCCAGUCGUUUACAGAUAGCCAUCUCAUUCCUUUGGCCAAGGUCAGCCAAGGCAACGAGACCAAGGCUUUUCAGCAAGCUAUUGCUGCGUAA